UUUCCGUCAAGGUGCAGAAGCUUUCAGAUAUUUUGAUGUAUCAGAUGUCAAGAAAUAAAGUCUAGAAAAAAAAUUACUUACUUGCUUGUGAUGGUUUAUAGACCUCAAUAAAUACCGGCUUACAGAAGACUAAAUAGGAACCUAUCCUGACGUUCUUCAUUCAUAAUUUUGGAACACGACACACGCAAAAGAUGAACAUCUUCAAUAGACUAACGCCUCGCUACAUCACCCUGCUUUUCAGCUUCAUGACUAUCCUUCUUUUGUUCACCCAAAACCCGAUCGAUAAUACUGUGGAUUCCUUUGAUGACUCGAUCUUUCAAGCUUCAUGCUCCUGUAAAUCUUGCGUCAUGGGUUUUAUGGACGAUGACUGGUUCAUUUAUCGAUACGACCCCAGCAUUACACCUCUGCUGAACAGAAAAAACAGUGUGUUACGUCGAGACACCUACAGAUGGUGGAGGGGUCUACAGCCAUCAAUGUUCAGGAUCAACUACACAGAGGUGGUGGAUCAGAUGUUUUCUCUCUUCCCGGAUAAAGAGCACUUCUCAGACGCCGGUCCAGAUCGCUGCAGAACCUGUGCUGUUGUGGGAAACUCUGCAAACCUUCUGGGAUCCCAUUAUGGGUCUCUAAUAGAUUUCCAUGAUGUUGUGAUUAGGAUAAAUAAAGGCCCGACAAAAGGUUACGAGAGGGAUGUGGGGUCAAAGACAACUCACCGGAUUCUGUAUCCUGAAAGCGCCAUGGACUUGGACAACUCCACCCAUCUGGUGCUUUUUCCCUUUAAGAUUCGCGACAUGCAGUGGCUCAUAAGUACCUUCACCACUAGACACAUCACGCGCACCUACACACGAGUCAAACCUUCAAUCAAAGCAGAUGAGAACAAGGUGAUGGUCCUCCAUCCUUCUUUUAUAAAAUACGUCUAUGACAAAUGGCUUCUGAAACAUGGCAGAUAUCCAUCUACUGGCUUCAUUACAAUAAUAUUUGCCAUGCAUAUCUGUGAUAAGGUGAAUGUCUUUGGGUUUGGGGCUUCAAGUACUGGAACCUGGCAUCAUUACUUUGACAGAACUCGCACUCACUAUAAAGGCGGCCCUCAUGGUGGAGACUUUGAAAACAAAACAAUCCAUCAACUUCAGCAGAGAAACAAGAUUUCAAUAUAUAAAGGGUAUAGAUAACACCAGGAAUGGACAUUUUCGGUUAAAUGUAUUAAGUCAUUUUGUUAACAUGUUGAUAAAACUAUAUCACUUUCUUGUAUCCAAAAGUUUAAUGUGUUAACAAACCUUAUGAUUAUCACAAUGUUGCAACAUUCACACAGAUUUGUUCACGCAUUUAACAGAGAAAAAAGAUUUCUAAAUAUAAAGGGAUAAAUAAGACUUCCAUUUAAUGAAGUAUCUCAAAAUGGUGUAUAAAACAAAACAAACCGAAACAAAUGAAUGUAAAAAUGAAAGGCAAAUAAAUAU